AAACCAAAAAAGAAAAUGGAAAAAAGUAUUGUCCAUGGCUUAUCGGCCUAAUACAAAUUUCCUUUCCCUCUUUAGGCGGUGAGAAGCUCAAGUGCUCCACUUCUGCUAGCUGCCCACUCAAAUCCCCUUCCUUGAGUUCCUUCAAUCUCUGUUGGCUCUUCUUCUUCUUCUUGGUUGGGCCUACUUUAAACCACAUUCGUUCUGAUCAACAAUGGGAGGUAUAUUGGGUAAGGCUGCUGUACCACAGACAAAGCUAGAAGCAAAAAUAGUUGAGGCAAUGCAGCGGAGAGAAAAGGAAGGGACUUCCAUUAAGUCAUUUGAUAACAUGUUACUAAAGUUCCCAAAAAUUGACGAGAACUUGCAGAAAUGCAAAGCUGUAUUUCAGGAAUUCGAUGUGGAUGGGAAUGGAGCAAUAGAUCCUAAAGAGUUGAAGUACUGUUUUCAUAAACUGGAGAUUAAUUUUACAGAUGAAGAAAUCAACGAUCUUUUUGAAGCAUGUGAUGUUAACCAUCAUAUGGGAAUAAAGUUCAAUGAAUUCAUUGUUCUUCUUUGCCUAGUCUACCUGUUAAGGGACAACUCUAAUGCUCUCCAUGCUCAAUCUGGGAUGGAUCUGCCAAAUUUUGAGUCUACAUUUGAAACAUUGGUUGAUGCUUUUGUAUUUUUGGACAUAAACAAAGAUGGUUAUGUCAGUAAAAGCGAGAUGGUACAAGCAAUAAAUGAAACUACAUCAGGAGAAGGAUCAUCUGGCCGUAUAGCCAUGAAAAGAUUUGAAGAGAUGGAUUGGGACAAAAAUGGAAUGGUGAACUUCAAAGAGUUUUUGUUUGCUUUUACCCGUUGGGUUGGUAUUGAGGAUAUGGAGGAAGAAGAUGAUGAAAGUAAUGCUUAAUUCAAAAGUUACCAGCAUUUCAUUUGCUCACUUCCCCCUUAGAUUUCAAUGCCUUGCCAAUGUGUACUUGUGUAGGAGGAUCAAACUAAACUACAUUGCCAAUUGCCAAUACAUUUUGUUCUCUCCUUUGUGUUUCUCAUGUAAAUACAAGAUGGAUUCUCCAGAUAUGGAAUAUAAUAAGAACAUUAGAUAUUACCCUCAUGGGUGAAAGCAGAUAUCUCCCAGCUAUUUGCUGAAUUAUUGAA